AGAAUCAUCCCUGAACAUUUACGAAAAUUGCGUUACAAAGGUUCUUAGUGACAAAGGCAAGGCAGUCCGAGACCUAUGGGGAAGGAAUAAAAGAGAAUUUCAGCACCAUCGGGCCCCACGGAAGACCAUCAUUUUUGGGAGUGCACAUAGCGGCCUUGCAUCCCGGAAACUACGGGGACCUAAUUUGGACUGUGGCGAGUGAGGAAUUAGAACAAUCGUAAAGCAGUGGAAACAGUUCGCGCAAAGGUUGAACACUGGCAGAUUUUCCGAUUGAAUAGUCGGUAUGAGCGAGGGAGCCGCCAUGGCAGUCGGAUCAUUGAGUCUCCAUAUCGGGAUAUGAGAAGGAACUGCAUGGUCUCGAAACGAUAGGAAUAUAUAAUAUUCAUCCAGGGGAUUGAUUAGAUACAAUUGAUUAAGAUUGUUCCACUUGUGAGAAUUUGUCUUAAACGUUAUUCAUAUUAGGGAAAUACAUUACCUGUGGUUUUAUAAGGGGGGCACAGGGAGAGGCCAGAUCCAUGACUAUUUUAGUCGAAGACGUGUCUCAGAAGGCCUACCAAGAGAAGAAAAACAAGAUUUAAAAGGAAGAACUUAUGCUUUGAGCGUCAGUUGUGGACUAGAACCGGAGUUUAUUUGGGUAAAACAACGUUUGAGAAGGAACAUUGUCUGAGGGGGAGUUUAAUCCUAUUGCGAACAAUACUCAAUCAACCGACUGAAGGAUUGGAAGAUAUAGUAUAACCCCUAAGCAAAUUAGUCUGGUAGUCAAAAGGACUUUCAACAUUGUACCAUGUCGGGUCGGCCUAGAACCACCUCUUUCGCGGAGAGCUGCAAACCAGUGCCGCAGCCCUCGGCUUUCGGCAGCAUGAAAGUCAGCAGAGAUAAAGAUGGCAGCAAGGUGACCACGGUGGUGGCGACCCCUGGCCAGGGUCCGGACCGGCCCCAGGAGGUCAGCUACACUGACACCAAGGUGAUUGGGAAUGGCUCCUUCGGGGUGGUCUACCAGGCCAAGCUGUGUGACUCUGGAGAGCUGGUCGCCAUCAAGAAGGUGCUGCAGGACAAGAGGUUCAAGAACCGUGAGCUCCAGAUUAUGAGGAAGUUGGACCACUGCAACAUCGUUCGACUGCGCUACUUCUUCUACUCUAGUGGAGACAAGAAGGAUGAGGUUUAUCUUAACCUGGUCCUGGACUAUGUCCCUGAGACUGUCUACAGAGUGGCCCGGCACUACAGCCGAGCCAAGCAAACUCUGCCUAUGGUGUUCGUCAAGCUGUACAUGUACCAGUUGUUCCGUAGCCUGGCCUACAUCCACUCAUUUGGGAUCUGCCAUCGGGACAUCAAGCCUCAGAACUUACUGCUGGACCCAGAGACUGCCGUCCUCAAACUCUGUGACUUUGGCAGCGCCAAGCAGCUGGUUCGCGGAGAGCCCAAUGUCUCCUACAUUUGUUCCCGCUACUACAGAGCUCCAGAACUCAUCUUUGGAGCCACUGACUAUACGUCCAGUAUAGAUGUGUGGUCUGCCGGCUGUGUACUAGCAGAGCUCUUGCUAGGGCAACCAAUCUUCCCUGGUGACAGUGGAGUGGAUCAGUUGGUUGAGAUUAUAAAGGUUCUAGGAACUCCCACCAGAGAGCAGAUCAGGGAGAUGAACCCUAACUAUACAGAGUUCAAAUUCCCCCAGAUUAAGGCACACCCUUGGACUAAGGUGAGUCAACAGGUGUUCCGACCACGCACGCCCCCCGAGGCUAUCGCGCUGUGUUCUCGUCUGCUAGAGUACACGCCCACGGCUCGCCUCACUCCCCUGGAGGCCUGCGCCCACUCGUUCUUCGAUGAGCUGAGGGACCCGAGCAUCAAACUGCCCAACGGGAGAGAGAAACCCUCCCUCUUCAACUUCACCACCCAGGAGCUGUCCAGUAAUCCCUCCCUGGCCUCCAUUCUGAUCCCCGCCCACGCUCGCAGUCAGGGUGCCGCCUCCACGCCAACCAAUGCCUCUGCCACCACAGAUGGUAACAGCACAGAGCGAGGCCCCACCACUACCGCCUCAGCCUCUGCCUCCAACUCCACCUCCUGAACCACCCUAGUCCCCUCCCAUUGCUCUGGCCAGGGGGGCGUGUCCAGCAGUGUAGAAAUCAAAAUGGCUGUGCGGGCACCAUGCUAAGCCUGACUACAUCAACCAACCAAGCAAUGAACUACAAAUCCCUGUCAGACUGAGCCUCCCCCACUCCCAGUUUGUUCUCCUGUGCUACCCCCCCCCCACCUCUGAUGAUGUAUGUCUGCUGGGAGGGAGGGAGGGAGGGAGGGAAGAGGCUGCUUCCUGUACUCAUUAUUAAUGUACAAUGUUAUGUACACAAUACUACAGUACUAGCCUGCUAAUGUUUCUAAAAGGACAAUCUGUAUAGAUGUCCUAGAGCCGAACUCUUUCACCCACCCCCCCCCCCUCACCCCCCUUUCCAAAUGAGUUAUUCCUCUCCAGUCCACAUGAACCCAGCACCUUGGUCAUGGGGUUACCCUGGCUCCUCCUAUAGUGCAUGGCCUGAGUAUGGGUGGAUCACCUAGGGUUACCCCUCACCCCUGACCCCCGCAUCGACCUCCAGCUCUGCUGACUAGGCAUGACGCUCACAUACACUCACGCACACACACGGACAGAUGCAUGAUGGUCCUGAUAAUUGUGGAAAGAAGCAGUCUUGUCUCAGACGAGGAUUUGGACUUAGUCAGAACUUUGCCUGGGGUUGUUUUAAAUGGUUAGAGCUGAGCUGGUUUUAUUCUACUCUGGUUUUAUUUUCCUAUAUAUAUUUUUAUUUUAUUUUUUUUUCUGGGCAAAUUGUGGAUGGAUAUGUGCCAUAUCAGUGCACUGGAUCUGUGUGCUUGUAUUAUAUAUGCUGUAUAUACAUACAGCGCAUACACACAUACAAACACAGUUUAUAUAUUGCUUUUCCUUAUGUACAAAAGUAUAUAUAGAUAUGUAUAUUAUACUUCCGUGGUUCAGAAUUCAAAGCCGUGAGCUCACACAUAAUAUGUGGUGGACCAGUGGCAAUAUUUGCUGCUGUCUAAAGCCAAUGUCAGAGGAGGUAGUGUGGUUUAUCUCUUUUAUCUCUGCUACUGCUGUAGAUCUCUCUUUUUCUUUGUCACCCCCCCCCCCCUCUCAGUCUCUCUAUGACCCUUGCAGGAUGUCCGCUGUAUGUCUUCCCUCUGAAUAGGUCUCUUGUCUCUUUUCUGGAGAUAUUCCAGUAGUUCUUAAUUUCCCAACCAAUCAGCACUGGAUCUCUCCUGAUUGCUGACACCAUGUUUACUAUUGCUCUCUCCUCAAGUCUGCCAAGACCUACUUUAAGAAAAGAAUCACCAUGUUAAAAUAUGAAAAACACCACAUCAGAAUAUGUAUAUACAGACUAAAUGCUCCUCACCAAAUUCUGACUUGUUUGUUGUUUUUGUUUGUGUAUCUGUUUAUUUUUCAUGUUGUGUUAAAGGUAUGUAUAUAUACAGACCCAUGUACUGUUUAUGAGCAAAAACAAAGAUGGGGUUGGAGAGGGUGGGUUGGGUACAUGAAGAAGAAAAAAAAAAAAAGAAGAAAAAAAGGUGCAAAACUGACCAUGUUUAGUAUUGGAUAUUGUAGAUGAUGAUGAUGAUGAUGAUUACAAGCUUUAUCUAGCCAUCUAGUUCAAUCUUACCUGUACAGGAAAGUAGAAGACAACUGUAUUAUUGUAACAAUAACUAGUCAUGUAUAGUGUAUCUAUAGUUUGGAGUGCCUUUGCUUUCAUACACCUUCACCUUGUUCCCUCCCACCCACGCUCCCCCACCUCCAACCAUCACUUCAUUGUGCGUGACUCCCUCUUUGGUGCUGUAGGAAGUCCUGCCCCCGAGACACACACAAUCAAUCAUCCACCCAUAUUGUACUGAAUGACUUGUUUCCCCCUCUCCCUUUCCACCUUUCCCAUCUUUAUAUGUAAACAUUUUUAUUGCAAAUAUAAUGUCAAUGUAACAUUGUUUUUCUUAAAAGUUAUAUGGACAUGGACCUGAUUUUAAGAGAAGUCUGAAGAGAAUGUGUUUCAUUUUAAUUGUUUUUAAUCUUGGCUUACACACACCAGAGUCUCAGGUUGGAAGAGGGGGCACACGGGGUGUUACUCGUUGCCGGGGUCAAAUACAUGCAUCAAACACUUGGAAAUAUUCAAGAUGCAUUUGAUAUGUCCCAAAUUUUGCACUUUUGGGACUGAUGGUUUGGCCUAAUUGUACUUGUGCAGACUAAAUCAAAUGCACCCUUUUUGAUCCAGCUCUGAUAUUAAGCAGUAAAUGGUCACAUGCAGGUUAGAUAGACUCCAUUCAGGGCCCUAGUUGUGAAGGUCAUGUCUGGUUCUUCUCUGGGUUGGUUCUGGUGGUACCAGAACCAGUCUGUGAUGUUGUGAUGAAGCCAUCCUCAGAAUCAGUCAUUCACUUUGUCUCUCUUCCUGUCUCAUUCUCUAUUCUGUUGCCUCUCACCUCACUACCCCUCCCCUCACACACACACACAUCUGUGAUGGGAGGGUUGGUUAGUAGCACCUAAAGGGGGGUUGGUCUCAUAGCUUUCCUUGUCCCGCUUGCUGUAAUUUUUGGCAUCCAUGAACAUGUUGCUUUCUUUAUCUCUCUCCAACACCACCACUAAGCCUGUAACCACUGGGCUACUCCCCCCCCCCCCCCCCCCCCCUCUUCAACUCCAGUUCAGGAGUGAACCAUGAAGAAAAAAAUACACCACAAAGGUCACCAAAAAAGACAAGCCAGGAUAGUGGGCUACAUAUUGUAUUACAGCGCACACACUCUUGUUGCAGAAAAAUAUGCUAUCUGGGUUUAAAGAGUAAAAAAAAAAAAAAAAAAGGACAAAAACAA